AUGACCCCCUCCCCACCCGCCGCCUCAAAGGCCGCCGCCGCCGCCCUCAAAUCAACCCUCCCCCCUCUCCUCCUCGGCACCGCAACUUUCAACACGCAAUACGUCCCCGACCCUCACGCCCUCCCCUACCGCUCCAUCGUCGCGCGCGCCAUCUCCCUCGGCGUCCGCGGCUUCGACACCUCGCCCUACUACGGCCCUUCCGAAAUCCUGCUAGGCGACGCCCUCAACGCCCUCUUCACCUCGCCAACCCACCCACUCCCUCGCUCCGACGUGUUCAUCGUCACCAAAGCAGGCCGCAUAGCCGGCGACGAGUUCGAUUACUCGCCCGCGUGGGUGCGCUACAGCAUCUACCGCUCUUUGCAGCGGUUACACACGCAGUACCUGGACUUGGUGUACAUGCACGACGUCGAGUUCGUUUCCGCGCAGGAAGUGCUGGCUGCCGUCAAAGAAUUGCGGCGGUUGCGGGAUGAGGAAGGCGUGGUCAAGCAUGUAGGGAUAAGUGGCUUUCCGGUGAAAGUGCUGGCGGAGCUGGCGGAGAUGAUCCUGAAGGAAACGGGCGAGCCGUUGGAUGCCGUGUUGAGUUAUGGGCAUUUUACGGUGCAGAAUCGGUUGUUGGCGGUGGAUGAGUUACUUGGAAGGAGGGAGAGCAAGGAGAAGGAGGAGGAAAGUGUGUUGAAGAGGUUCAAGAAGGCGGGGGUGGAGGUUAUUCUCAAUGCGUCCAUGUUGGGCAUGGGGCUGUUGACGCAGAAGGGAAUCCCGCCGAAUCCGGAAUCGAAGGAGAGUCCCUUGGUUAAGUGGCAUCCGUCGCCGCCGGAGCUGAGGAUUGCGUGCAAGAAGCUGGGCGAGUUGGCGGCGGCUAAGGGGGAGAGGUUGGAGAGUGUGGCCAUCCGCUGGGCGUUGGAGGAGUGGGCGAGAGUUGGCGCGGAGGCUGGGGUUGGUGUUGAUGCUGGUCCCGGGUCUUCGUUGAAGGUGGGGCCGACGGUGUGCGGUGUCUCGUCGAUUCCCGAGCUGGAGGAGACGGUUGCGGAGUGGAAUGGCGUGUUGGAAGGACUGGAGAAGCUGGCCACUGUUGAGAAGAAGGAGAGACGCGCAUACGGAUCCGAGCGUCAGGAGAAGGUCUUGAAGUUGGUGGAGGACGAGAUGUGGCCAGCAUUGGGCGGUUGGAUCGAUUUCGCCUGGGCCAGCCCAGGGGAGGGCUACGUGAACACUAGGCGGCCUGAGGAUAAGGGUCAGGUUCCCGAUGAUGGCGUGAUAGCUGCUCAUGAGGAGAGGAUCAAGAACCGGAAGUAA